GCGAAUACAGACAAUAACUUUCUUGCCGUUGAGAAUAAUUACAAAAAUCACUUAAAUGUGUAUCUGGCGCUUUAAAGCUCCGAUAACUAAGCUGAGAUAUUUAUGAUCGCAUGAGAAAAAGAUGUGAAAUAGCAAGGCAGUGGAUAUCCCUCUGAGCCAAUCACGAGAGAGUCCGUGAUUACAAACAGCGCUCGCAGCGAAUCAGAGCAGACAUGUCUCUAUGGUGGGCUGGUUUCGCUGCAAGAUUUGGGAUAAUGUUAUACACAGCUGUUUUUUUUUUUCUUGAUUUCAAGACUCCUGGUAGAAUGCAGGAAAGAUAGAAGUACAUUUAGCACUAAACUCAUUUAUGGACAUUGCAAUAAUCCGCUAAUAUCUUCAGCCGUGUUUCAUAACAUAAUGUCUCGGAAAAGUUGUGUUACUUCAUGCGGCAGCAGUAACUUGCGGAUACACUAGUUUUGUUCUUAAACUUUAAUCCCAGCACAGUCUUGCUCGCCGUUGAGACUUUAUGUUUAGGCUUCGUCAGGCGGUUCCUCGCACAAGUAAUGGAAACCAUGAGGACAAACCACGAGCAGCUCUACAGGAAGGAAUUGUUGCACCGUGCGGAUCAAAUAGGCUUUGUAUGAUUAAGAUGCUUCUUGAGUCGGCUGGCGUGUAUUGAUCUUUUUCGCCAUUCUGAAGAAGGGGUUCAGCGCCUCCGGGAGGGCUGCCGCCCCACCGGCGAAAGGGAACACGCCAGAGGGACGUCUGGCUGCCGUGCUGCGUGCUGAACACAAACUAGACUCCUCUGGUUGUGGAGAGAUUAUGGUUCGGAAAGGCCUGCUGAUCUGUUGCUGCUGGUCUGCCAACAAAAGAAACGCCUGUUACUUCUUGCAUUUCACUCCUGUGGCCGUCGUGUGUGGACACAAGCUUUGAGAGUGUGGGGUGAGAAGCCGCCUCAGUCACUGGCUUCAGUGAAAUCUCACAAAUUGGCUCUGACUUUAUGGUCACUUGAGAGUAACACUGCACAGGAGCGUCUGCGUAAUUACGCACGAACACGUAAACACGCGGUCCCUAUGUUGUCAAAUUUACUCAGUUAAAAGUCUCACAUUUUAACCUCAGUUGCUUUUUUAAACCAAUAGCAGUUGAGGUAGCCUACAGUUUGAGUGGAUGCAUGAGGAUGGUAGAAAACCGAAACUGUGUCCAUAGGGAGGGGGUGUACUGCUGGUUCUCCUCCCUCACCUCAGCCCAGAGAGCCGAGUUCCUGUGUGGCCUGCUGGACCUCUGUGUCCCCAUCGAGCUCCGCUUCCUCGGAUCCUGUCUGGAGGACUUAGCGCGUAAGGAUUAUCACUCCCUACGGGAUGCGGAGAUCAAAGCCAACAACCCCGCCGACCUGUUGGGCCUCACCAACAUCACGGAUGAGAUGGUGCGCAGCAAGCUGCUGGUGUCUCUCGCCCUACUCGGCUCGGACAAUCGAGAGGCGGCUGGGGUCUUGUACCGGACCCUAACUCACAUAGACACUGUGAUCAAUAACUAUGGUCUGCCGCUAAACGACUGGAGGACAGAGGAGCAGUUUCUGUUGCUGUUCACCAUGGCCUCUAACCACCCGGCCUUCAGCUUCCAUCAGAAGCAGGUGCUGAGGCAGCAGCUUAGCCAGAUCCAGGACAUCUUGCAGGGGAGUCAUUUGUGUACUCUUGAGCCUCUUACGGACCCUGCUGGGUGUUUUCAGCUGAGCAGCAGCAGCAGCAGCAGCGGAGGAGGAGACAGCAGCAGCAGCUCAGGCAGCAGGGCCCGGUGGGGCUCGAACCGCGACCACUUACACUCAGCCACAUCUCCACUAUCGCCAUCAGCCCGCGUCUCUGCCUCAAGCCUCGUUGGCCCCCACUGGCUGUUCUCUGCCUGAUGCCAGCACUGGCUUCCACCCUCUGUCAGCCUGCCAGCCCUGUCACACACAUUGCACCUGCUGGCACACGGUAUGGAGCACCACAGUCACAGUUUGUUAGCUUUGUUAGUGAUCAUUUACAUUUAGAUUUAGUUAAUUUCAUUUCAGUGUUUCACUAAUGGACAUCUGUGGUUCUGGUAGCUUUAUUCUAUUUAAUUAUAACGUGGUAGUUUGAGUUAGGCUAAUUGGCUAAAAUGUAGUCCUCAGUUGAUUGUGUUAGUAAGUGCAUGCAAAAGAGAGAAAAACUUAUUUGUAGUGUGCAUUUGCUAGUGUGUAGCUGUCAUGGAAUGGGCCACCAAUUUUGGGUUUUUAUGUGUUGCUUAAUACACCCAGAAGAUGUUGCCACAAACUGGAAGAUUUCUUUAAGUCAAAUUUGCAGUUAUAGCUUGCAUAGAACUUGUUUUUUAUACAGUAUGUGUAUGUUUUAUAUCGACAUUGCAAUGGUAGUUUUUAAAAACGUACCUUUAAAUAAGGAGUUCACUUGGAUGUGUGUAAUUGUGUAUAAUAUAAUUAAGACAUAAAAUGCAAACUAAGAACAGAAGUCAAAUCUGAAAUAAAAGUCACAUUGUGAACAUAAAGUAUAUGGCAAGUCUGGCUUGUGG